AUGCCUUUUGCACAACUGGUUAUAGGGCCGCCGGGCUCUGGAAAGUCGACAUACUGCGAUGGCAUGCAACAGUUCAUGGGCGCAAUCGAGCGCAAGUGUUCUGUUGUCAACCUCGACCCCGCCAACGAUCACACCUCAUACCAGCCCGCCGUAGACGUCAGAGACCUGGUCACGAUAGAUGAGAUUAUGGAGCAAGAGACUUUGGGUCCGAAUGGUGGGGUUCUGUUUGCACUCGAGGAACUGGAGCACAACUUCGACUGGCUAGAGGAGGGCUUGAAAGAACUUGGAGAUGACUACAUCCUCUUCGACUGUCCCGGCCAAGUUGAACUCUUUACGCACCAUGGCUCGCUGCGGAACAUCUUCUUCCGCCUACAAAAACUUGGGUAUCGACUCGUCGUCGUACACUUGACCGACUCCAUCGUACUCUCGCGACCAUCGCUAUACGUUUCCUCUCUUUUGCUCGCCCUGCGCAGCAUGCUACAGAUGGACCUGCCUCAUCUCAACGUCCUCACAAAGAUCGACAACCUCCGGAAUUACCCCAACCUGCCCUUCAACCUAGACUUUUAUACCGAAGUCCAAGACUUACAAUACCUAUUGCCGCACCUCAACCGCGAACAGACGUCCGGUAUCCCAGGCCCCACAACGGCUGGCGCAAACGAGGACGUAGAUCUGGAUGAUGACGAGCCAACGUCAAAGUUCUCUGCAUUGAACAAAGCAAUCGUGGAACUUGUUGAGGACUUUGCGCUGGUAGGGUUCGAGACACUGGCAGUUGAGGAUAAAAAGAGCAUGAUGACGCUAUUACGAGCUAUCGACCGCGCGGGUGGCUUUGCAAUGGGUGGAAUAGAAGGUGCAAACGACACAGUCUGGCAGAUGGCUAUGCGCGAGAACGGAGCGACUAUGGACGCUCGGGACGUGCAGGAGAGGUGGUUGGACAGGCGGGAUGAGCUAGAUGAAGAAGAGAGGAAAGCAUGGGAGGACGAGACCAAGGACAUGCGCGAUCCACCACCACAGAACGCUCCUCAGAUAAUCCCCACAUCGAAGCCUCCAGCGAAGCCUCCAACAAAGCCCGAAAACCAAGACAGUGACGACGAUAUGGACGACCUGGAGGAGAUGCGACAGUUCAUGGAGAAGAAGGAUACCGGCAUCAAUAUAGUCAAAAAGUGA